UGGGACUGUUAUCACCACUACUAAACGGCCAAGAAUUCAUGAUAUGUCAACUUGAUCCGCCAUCCGCCAUCCAUCAUCUACACCAACACAACACCAACAACAUCCAUUGACAAAGAAGAAGAAGAAGAAGAAGAAGAAGAAGAAGAAUGUCAUACUACUUCACCAUCCUCUCCCCCACAGAUGUCCCCCUAUUCCACAUCGCCUUCGGGACCUCGAAAAGCGGCGGGGAUGGCAUCGCGCGGUUCCGCUUCGCUGAUACAGCCCAAUACAUGAACCAAUUCAUCAUCCAUUCGAGUUUAGACAUGGUGGAGGAAGCACAAUGGAUGAACGGAGCAAUGUACUUGAAACAUAUCGACACUUACCCCCCCGCCGCCGCAUACAUCUCCGCCUUCCUCACCCCCUCCGGCGCCCGGUUCCUCCUCCUACAUCAGCCGCCUCAGCCGCAGAUCCCGUCUAGUGGCGUCGCGGGCUCGAGUUCCCUCACGGGCGGGGGCGCGAGCAUCAGUGGCUCCUCGCUUGGUGGUGGUGGCGGCGGCGGCGGCGGCGGGGGGUCGUUGUUAUUUGGGUCCUCCGGGGUGUCGUCGCGGGCGUCGAGUAGCUCGAUUGCGGCGAAUCCGACGGCGCCGCAGACAGAGGAGGCCGUGCGGCAGUUUAUGAAUGAGGUGUAUGAGAAUUAUGUCAAGACUGUGAUGAGUCCGUUUUAUCGGCAGGGGAUGGAGAUUAAGAGUCCUGUUUUUAGGGGGAAGGUGACUGCUGCGGGGAGGAGGUGGUUGUAAUAAUGUCUUUCUUUUCUUUUCUUGUCUUUUCUUUCAUUUAGUGUUUUUGUUUCCUGAGGAGGCGUUGAGAUUGGUUCGCACUUUAAGAAUAAGAUGUUGAUCAUUCAUAUAAACGUCCAGUACAUCGUCUUAA